AUGCACAAAAACCAGCUUGAUGUUAAAUCAGCAUUUUUAAAUGGUGUACUACAAGAAGAGGUUUAUGUAGAACAACCAGAUGGAUUUAUGAUUGACGGGCAUAAGGAUAAGAGUCAAAGUGAAGCCACCCUUUAUACACUGACCAGGGGAGAAAAAGGCAUAUUGCUUGUGGCUAUAUAUGUUGAUGACAUAGUGUAUACAGGGAAUGAUAGUGAAAUGCUUCACUGGUUUAAAGAAGACAUGAUGAAAAGGUAUGAAAUGACAGAUUUAGGAUUGCUCCAUCAUUUUCUUGGUAUGGAAGUAAUACAAACAGCUUCGAGUAUUUUUGUGCAUCAGAAGAAGUAUGCUUCCACAUUACUAAAAAAAUUUGGUUUAACAAAUUGCAAUCCAGUUCUCACACUAUUGAUUGCAAAUGAGAAGCUUAGCAAAGAAGAUGGAAGUAGAGCUGCAGAUGAAGAGUUUUAUCCAAAAAUUGUGGAAGCCUACUCAAAGAGAGUACUAAGAUACAUCAAAGGUACCUUAGACUAUGGUUUGGAAUAUGUCAAAGGAAAACAAAAUAUUUUAGUAGGAUAUUGUGACAGUGGUUGGAGUGGAUCUGUGGAUGAUAUGAGGAGUACAUCUGGAUAUGCUUUCAGCUUUGGAAGUGGAGUGUUUUCAUGGGCUUCAGUCAAACAAAGUUAUGUUGCACUCUCCACUACCGAGGCAGAAUAUAUUAGUGCAUCAGAAGCAAUUGCACAAGCAAUAUGGCUUCGGUUUGUACUUGAGGAUUUUGGUGAAAUGCAAGCUAAAGCCACUCCUCUACAUUGUGACAAUACUUCAGCUAUUGCCAUCACUAGGAAUCCAGUUGCAGACAUAUUCACAAAGCCUUUACCAAGUGAUUGGUUUAAUUACUUGAGAGACAAUCUAGGAGUUGUUUCGACACAGAGGUUACAGGGGAGUGUUGAACAAUCGAGGAUCCCAGAGCAGGCAGUUUGUGACAGUUAUCUUGGAGUAAAACAAGUGGGAGGAGCAGAGAGUAGAGUCCGUGAGGGUGAAAGGAGGAUCGUUGACUUGGAAUAUGCAAACAACAGAAACGAAGAGAGAAUCAGAAACUUGGAAAAUGCAAAGAACAAAAAUGAAGAGAGAAGCAAAAACUUAGAAUUUGUGAAGAAUCAAAAUGAACAGAGAAUCAAAAACUUGGAAUCUGCAAAAGAAAAAUGUAAAAAAGAAGCAGAAAUUUAUGGAGAGAGAAUCAAAAGUUUAGAAUAUGCAAAGGAACAAAUUGAGAAAGAAGCGGAAAUUCAUAGAGGUAGAAUCAAAAGUUUGGAAUCUGCCAAGGAAAAAAGUGAGAAAGAUGCAGAAAUUUAUAAAAAGAGAAUCAAAAGCUUGGAAUCUGCGAAGGAAAAAAUUGAGAAAGAAGCGAAAAAUUAUAGAGAGAGAUUCAAAAGCUUGGAAUUGGAAGUUUAUAAAGAGAGAAUCAAAAACUUGGAAUGUGUGAAGGGAAAAAUUGAGAAAGAAACGGAAAUUUAUAAAGAGAGAAUCAAAAGCUUGGAAUUUACAAAGAAAAAAAGUGAAAAAGAAAAGGAAAUUUAUAGAAAGAGAAUCAAAAGCUUAGAAUCUGCAAAGGAAAAAUGUGAUGGGUUUCUACUAAAACUCUUGGAAUCGCUCCGUUUGGCGGAGGAGAGAUUUGUUAGGAUCAUCAAUAAUGUUGUUGAUGAAGAAAAAGUUGAAAAUUGUACAAAUGAGAGUGAUGGGUUGGAAUUGGAUGGAGAAUUGAAGGCAGUUUCAGAGGAGUCAAUGGCUGUCACAAAGCUUGCGGGAGUGGUUGAAUUGAAAGUGAAUGAGUAUAAAGAAUCAAGGAAGAAGGAGAAGAGGGAAUUGGAGAACAGUGUGGUGAGUUUGACAGAAGAGAAUCGGAAUAUAGAUAGUUUGCUUAGGAUUGCUUUGGUGGAGAUGGAGGCUGUGGAGAAGAGCUUGAGUAGGUUGAAGGGGAAUAGUGAGCAGAACAGGGUGGCCAUUUUUCAGAUUGCAGAAAGUUCAGGUACUAAGGUGGAUACUUCUAGAGCUGGUGCUGGGAAUAAGUUAGAUGGUAGUGAGAGUGAAGAGGAGGUUGUAAGCCUGGCAUCAAAUGUAGAGAGGAUAACGAAGAAUUUAAACCUUGAAAUCACCCAAUUGAGGAGGUCUUUGGAAGAAUCUAGGUCAAACACCGAGCAUCUACAGAGUCUUACAGAGAAACAAGCUCAAGAUAUUGCUGAAAACAUGCUAUAUAUCAAGCAGUUGGAAGAUAGAGAGAAAAAGUUGGCUCAAAAUGUUGAGGAACUCCUGAUGAAGAUAAAGCAAACUGAAGCAGAGUUUGCUAGAUGGAAUGAAGCUUGUGAAUUAGAAGUUGAAGCUGGGAAACGUGAGAUUGAAGAACGUGACAAAGUGGUUGCCAUUCUCAACCAAGAACUAGAGAAAACAAAGACUGCUUUGGACACUUCAAAUCAGAAAUUAAAUGAAAAAGAAGAACUUGCAGCUGCUGCCAUGGCUGCCCAGUCAGCAGCAGAGAAGUCCCUGCAACUGGCUGACAGCACAGCUGCAGGACUCCGUAAGCGGGUAGAAGAGCUGUCAAAACAAUUAGAAGAAGCAGAGAGCCGAUACCGGAACAGACACAAGGCCAGACACAUAUGUGGGCCAUGGGGAGCACUCACACUGAGUACUGCUACUAUGAAAAAUAAAGUGAAGAUUGUAAGGAGGAUGCUGUCAAAAUGCAAGCCUUGGCGAGCACUCAAACUGAGUAGUGCUAACAUGAACAAUAAAGUGAAGAAUGAAAGAAGGAUGCUAUCAAACUAA